AUGUUGAUUUCGUGUUUGCUCUUUCUAUUUGUCGUUCCGUGCUUGGCCGAUUGGCAGCAGAUGUCGUCCACGAGGGCUAUUGCUCUGAGAGCGCAAAGAGACGUGAUGAAAAAUACAACGAUACUAAAUUCAGCAGUGUUUGGGGUGAAUUUAAACACGGUCCUGUUUAACAACUACGGUUACAACGCGACCUCGCUCGAUUACAUGGAGUCCUUGAUGGAUGUGGGUGCUCAGGCGUUUGAACUCAAUUUGUACUAUAACGAGGAUCUCGGAGACUGGGGCUUGGCAGAUUUCACUUCCAAUGAAGCCAGUUUUGGGUUCAAUGGAACGAGCGAUUUCAACAUCACAAGACUACUUACCCGCAUAAAUCAGUUCACCUCAAUUACAGAGACAAAUCUCAACGCAAAUAUCAUGUUCUUGUUGCUGAAUCUCUAUUCCACCUCGAGUUCCGACGAAAACCAUAAAACCGGCGAGACUGGGCUCGCAACAACAUUCAGCAAUCUCAUGUACGCGGCCAAUCCUUACUACUACAAAACUUUGGAAAACAUCACUCUCAACUACUACUUAUUUGGGGACCAACUUCGAAUCAUUCCAGUGAUUAUGUCAAACAAUUUAGGUCACAACGCUUCAUAUGACCUAAGCAACGAUCUCAAUCUUUUCUACGAAGCAAACAAGACAAUCCCCAUCAAGAUGUCCGAGUCACAAGAUACCGAGUGUGUGGAGCCAUCAUCGUUCCAAUUUGCAUAUGAUACCGAGCAACACCCUUAUAAUAACGAGUCUUUCAGAUCCGAUCUGGUUUGUGGAUAUUCAGCCAUCAUUACACAACCUCUCGCAGAUAUUUCAGACAUUUCAUUGCUUCUUCCUUAUACAUACUGGUCAUGGGAAGCUUCUGAGCCAAACUCCACUAUUUCAAACUCUCAUCACCAGCAAAACACAAAUGACACUACAGAAGCCAGAGAUGACGAUUACCUUAAUAGAUGUGCUAUUUCAACACCUAAUGGGUGGAAGGCUGUUUCCUGUGAGCUCAAAUUACCGGUUGCAUGCUCAUUACAAGGCAAUAGAACACAUUUCAGAUUAACAGAUGACAAAUACUCGUAUUUUGAGGCUGACGAUGCGUGUGCUGGUAUGGACGAAGGAAAUUAUUUCUUCCCUGUUCCUUCUACACCAUACGAGCAAUUGAGUCUGUCGCAAAUACUGCCUUCGGAUACACACGGGGUAUGGAUUAAUCUGAACUCUCUUUCGAGCUCAAACUGCUGGGUCUAUGGUGGCCCAAACGCUCUUUGUCCUUAUCAACAUAUUGUUUCUCGGCGCAUUUUCAAAGAGAUGAUCAGUCCUGCAUCGGUGAUUGCGCUUGUUUUGUUCUGUCUGAUUGUUCUUGUUCAAGUAGACAGAUUGCCUGUGCAUAGAAACCGGAAGCAUUGGCGACGGGUGCUCAAACGAAAGCUACAAAACGAGUUUGAAGGAAUUCCUUCUUAA